GGAUAACCUUCCAAAGAAACAUUACUCAAAGAAGAUGUUCUACCAACCCGGCAAAACCGACCACGGCCUGCCCCAUGAUCCAUUCAAGGCAUGCGUCGUCCCCCGCCCAAUCGGCUGGAUAAGCACAACUUCUCCCAUCGGCACCCCCAACCUCGCCCCCUACAGCCAAUUUACAAACCUAACCUUCGACCCACCCUACGUUCUCUUCAGCAGCAACCAGACUGUGUCAGGAGACCGAAAAGACACUGUCGUGAACGCCGAAUCUACCGGCUCCUUUGUGUGGAACCUUGCGACCUAUGACCUGCGCGAAGCGAUGAAUAUCACGGCGCAGCAGUUUCCUUACGGAGUGAAUGAGUUCGAGAAGGCCGGGCUGACCGCGGAACCAUCUACUGUUCUUCCGGUGCAGGUGCCGAUGGUGAAGGAGUCGCCGGUGCGGUUCGAGUGCGUGUAUCAUUCUACAAUGAGACUGCCUGGGAAUCCGCCCAUGGGGACGGUGGAUGUUGUGGUGGGGAGAGUGGUGGGCGUACAUAUUGAUGAAAGGGUGCUUACGGAUGGGAUUCUGGAUGUGAGAAAGACGAAGCCGAUUGCUAGGUGUGGGUAUUUUCAGUAUGCGGUGGUUGAGGAUACGUUUGAGAUGGUUAUUCCCGGGAUGUCGGCGGAUGUGCUAUAUGGGCUAGAGGGGAGUGCCAAGAUGAAUGGGGAGAAGGCGAGGGAAAUUAAAGAGGGGGAGGGGAAGAAGGACCAGGCGCUGUUGUAGAUUCAGUUGGGGUUUAUGUAUAUAGGUGGAGAUGGAUUUGUGGAUAUGAUGUAUAUACUACAAUAGUGUGUAUAGGCUACCCCCAGAUUCUGAAUGGGAUAGAUGAAUUGAAACAUCCCGCGUCGAGC